AAAGGGACAGACACUAGACUAUAAAAACACUCUAACAGCUUAGAUGGAGCUGGUGCACUAAAGAAACCACCUUUAUACUAAAAUCAAGCAGAGCGCAGAACUAGAACAGAUACCAUGCUGGACACUUUCAUUCUUGCCUGGAUUCUCAUCUUUCUCCUCUUCCUCUUCGUCAGGAUCCAGAGACCCAAGAACUUUCCUCCUGGACCCCGGCCUGUGCCCCUAUUCGGGAAUCUAUUUGAGCUGAACAUCACCAAUCCACUGAAAGACUUUGAGAGGUUGGCUGAGCGCUAUGGGAACGUUUACAGUCUCUACUUUGGAAGAACACCAGCCGUGUUUCUUACUGGUUUCAAGGCUGUGAAGGAAGCUCUGGUGACCAAGGCUUUAGACUUUUCAGGACGUCCACAAAACAUCAUAAUGAGCCAUCUAACGCAAGGAAAUGGGGUUGUAUUUCUCAACUAUGGUCCUGCCUGGAGGGAGCAUCGGCGCUUUUCCCUCAUGACCCUGAGGAACUUUGGCAUGGGGAAGCGGUCUAUGGAGGACAGGAUUCUGGGAGAGAUCGAACACCUUACUGCACGUUUGGAGAAAAGUGCUGGAGGCUGCAUCAACCCUCAGACUUUGUUUCAUGAAGUGGCAUCGAAUGUCAUCUACCAGGUUUUAUAUAGCACUCGCUAUGACUAUCAUGACAAAACCCUACAGGAGUAUGUCAACUACUUCACUAAAAUUACGAAGAUUGCAGGAGGACCCUGGGGAAUGAUAUAUGAUGCUCUUCCUAUUGUGAGAGCCCUGCCUCUUCCCUUUAAGAAAGCCUUCACAUAUUUUGAGGAAAUCAAAAAAAUGAUAGCAAGCAGGGUCAGCAAACACAAGACAUCCAGAGUCCCAGGAGAGCCAGAAAACUUUGUCGACUGCUAUCUGGACGUACUUGAUAAGGGAGCAAAUGGGGGAACCUACUUUAAUGAUGCAGAUCUUGUGAGAACCAUCAUGGACCUGCAUGGUGGUGGGACAGAAACCACCUCCAACACCCUCCUAACAGCGUUCCUCUACCUCAUGACCAAACCAGACAUUCAGGAGAGAUGUCAGAAGGAGAUUGAUGAGAUUCUGGAGGGUAAAGCUCAUGUAUCUUUUGAGGACAGACACAAGAUGCCGUACACACAUGCUGUGAUCCACGAGUGUCAGCGCGUCGCCAGCACCUUCCCUCUCAGUGUACAGCACUGCACCACAAGAGAUACUGAACUGAUGGGUUACAGCAUCCCAAAGGGUACUCUAAUCAUCCCGAACCUCUACUCAGUGCUGAGUGAAGAAGGCCAGUGGAAGUUUCCUCAUGAGUUCAAUCCAGCUAACUUCCUGAAUGAGCAGGGACAGUUCGAGAAGCCUGAGGCCUUCCUGCCCUUUUCCAUUGGUUAGAGUUCUGAACAGUGGCCUCGUGUGUGUCUUGGUGAAGGUCUGGCUCGCAUGGAGCUCUUCCUCAUCUUGGUCACUCUGCUGCGCCGGUUCUACUUCUUCUGGCCUCAAGAUGCAGGAGAACCAGACUUCACUCCUGUAUUUGGAGUCACACUCACACCCAAACCGUAUAGGAUGGGACUUAGACUGAGAUAAGUAGCCAGAGAAACGUAGAAACUGAAGAAGUAUUAACUAUUUCAUUCUCAAAUAGAGCUGAAUCUAAUUUAACACACUGUAAUACACAAGAAUCAAGAGGAAUGUAGGACAGGGUGCCAUGAAUUUGUGUAAUGACAAUUUGAAAAUUAUAGUGGAAUAGAAAAUGCAGAUUUUCAAUAUGAAUGAAGGUCAGAUUAGAUUGUAAACAUCAAAUGAAUAAUAACAAUAAUCAAAUAAAAAUCCAUGCAUUUUAAUAUUAGGAAAAAUACUUUGUAGCUAUGUAUGAAAACCACUUCACUAUUAGUUUAAAAUCAACUUGCAUUGUAACUCUAACUUUACCACACCAUUAAGGAACUUCAUUCAGUGAUUUACAUGCUGUUAUCAAAUAAAGUUUUAUCUUUGAUCCA